AUGCGUACACAGCAAAUCGAAACCAUACCCCCUCCUCCGUCUCGAAAUGCCCCAGACGAGACUACCAGACGACUUGAUCAUCCUCGAUUGUCUUGCCCUGAUCCACCGCCCAGAACUGGUAAGGAAUCAGCAAAAUCGGCGGUAUCUGCACCCAUUCGAGUAAAGAAGAGUCGACUGCUGGCCAAAAUCGAGAACCUACCUGAGACUGAACUUCCACCUGCAACAUCUCUCUCUUUUCGCAUACACUUGGGAGUCAAUGUACCGAAACUGAGCAAGGUGCAAACUGAAAUUUCAUCUUCUAAAGCAGCCGAGGGGAAGGAUACGACCAACAGACAUAGCAAUGGAAGCUUAACCCCGAUAAAUGAGAACGAUUCAUUCGCUAGAGAUGGGUCAGCGCUGUGGAAGAGAAUAAGUCGGCAAUGUUUGCAAUCCACCGAUAACAUGUCUCCAGUAGCUUCGCUUUCUGGUCUGAGAGGAAACAACCCCGCUACAACAGAAUGCAUGGCUCCAGAAUUAAAGGCUCGGGAGUCUCAAUAUGGUCUCUUAGACUCGAUCAUACAAAUCACCAAUGAUGUAUUGUUUCGAUUUGGGGAAGAGGAGGACGCCGUCAAAGCGAUUGUUGGUCAAUUUCGUCGAGGAGCGCAUGAAGUGGUCGAAACUCUGACGGCCAGCUGGAAUGAUCGUCUGGGACACGAGCAUCAGAAUCUAGCGAACGGGCUUGUUGAUGAAAAGGAGUUUUUGGCCAAAGCAUCACACCUAGUUGGAGAACAGGACUCGGGCUCGGGGAAAGAGGUUAUUUGCAGUGAUGAUAUGGCUAGGAAGGUGAUGAAGAAAAGAGAUGAGUUGAUUGCGCAGAUCGAAGCGUUGAGGAAUAGAAAUUGGAGGGAAGACCGGGUCUGA